GAGAAGACCUGCAAGAGAGGACCUUCCAGAGAAGAGCCGCCUCAUAGCUCCCCAUCGUCACCAUGAGAGGCCAAUUACCCCUGACCCGGGUGGCUAGGGGACUACAGGCCUCCUCACAUCCAUCCUACGUCUGUCGACAAUGCAGGGCCAUUCAAAUCACCGCUGUUCCGACGACCCCAGCCCCUCAAGUCGGCGGGGACGCCUUUGGAAUCGGGUCGCCGGCAUCGACUCGGGAUGUCGCCGAUGCACGUUUCGAAGUCCUCGGAUCCCCCCAAUCCCUCCUCUCCGUUACGCUGUCGCCAUCCCAGCAGCUCUAUACCCGACGAGGAACACUAGUUGCUGUCACAGGCAAGGCUGAGAAUGCCCGAUCCACCCUAUCAAUUCUCUCCCCGUUCACUCGAGCCUUCCUAGGCGUCCCCUUCCUGUACCAGAGAAUAUCCUCCUCAACUCCAGUGACCGCCCUCAUCGCCACCAAGUCUCCCACCACCACCUUCUCGAUCCUCCACCUCGACGGCACCACCGACUACAUGGUAGCCCAGCGCAACGCCCUGCUCGCCUGGACCGGCCACACCCUCACCCCGACCCCUCGCAUCAACAGGGGCCUAUCCCUCGCGCACUGGGGCAACACCCUCCUGACGGGCCGCGGCCUCGCCGCCCUCUCAUCGCCAGGCCAAAUCUACGAACUGACGCUCAGCGACGGCGAGGAGUUCGUCGCCCACCCGUCCCACGUCGUGGCCUACUCCGUCUCCCGCAACCCGCCGCUCCCGUUCCGCUUCAAGUCGUCGUCCCUCCUCCGCUUCCAGAUCCCCAACAUCGCCUCGCUGCUCCCCGAGACCAAGUUCCUCAACGCCAUGCGCGACACCGACACCUACCGGACCGUCUCGCGGCUGCUCUUCCGCCUGCGGACCGCCCUCCGCCGCACCAUCUGGGGGGAUCGCCUGUUCCUCCAGUUCCGAGGCCCCAUGACCCUCUUCAUGUCCAGCCGCGGCGUCCGUGUCGCCGACGUCCUGUCCAAUCGCGAGGUGAACGAGAUUGCCGACGCGCAGGCGGGCGUGGUGCCCAAGGCGGUUGAACUGGCCGAGAAGCCCCUGGAGCCUGAGAAGCCUGCCACUUCGGAACAAGCGCCGUCGGCUAUCCAUGUGGUGACUGUGAACAGGGACGGGAAGGUUACAUUUGAGGAUUCCAAGGACCUGAAGGAAUUUGUGAGGUGACAUGAGCAUAGCAUACGAUUUACUCUCCCGUCCGAUGAAGUUCUCGCGAGAGGAGGUUCUCGGGUUUGGGCAACCUCGAAGAUCGACCGUGUAUUUUUACUUUGUAGAAGAAAAAAGGAAUACGGAUGUGACUUGACGAAUAGAAGAGAAUAUCACAAUGAGCGUUCAGCUGCACAGGUUGAAGAGCACACCCGUAUAAGGUACAUGUAGUAACUGAUAGGUAGCAGUGUAGGGGGCAACCUUGUCGCCAUCUCCAUGUCUUCGCAGACCUCUCGGGCACUCACUACGAACCACGAGUCCCUUGGCUCUCUUGGAUUAGAGAUGGAGAUACAACAUUCCCAACAACCAGCAUGUAAAAUUCGGUUUUCGCCGAUAGUUCUACUUUCAUACCAGACACGAAGCUUGCGAUUAUCGAGCAUGAAAAACAAGGCAACUGGCACCGUCUUCGGCCGC